AGACAGUAAUAUAAUAAUGACCUUAUUUAAUUUUCGUUGGUUACGAAGAUUUAUUAGACGUCAUACAAGACCAAUUGCAGAAACUGACGCUGAAUAUUGGAAGAGGGUAUUUUCAUUUUCAUAUAUGUUUUUGGCUUGGAAUGCUUUCGGAGUCGUGUGUUUUGCUGCAUAUAACGGAAAACUUGAUUGGGCGAAGUAUCAUGGUGUCAAAACAGACGAAGAAUUGCAUUUGUCUUCAGCACAGCAGUUUUCAAGGGCACUGGGCAUUAAAAAUUCAAAAGUCAUUAAAGUAUCUGGUUUAGAUGUAAGCAGCUAUGAAAUACAUAACAAAACUGAUGAAACUGGCACUGACAAAACAGAAACUGAUUGAAUUCAUAAAUUAAUUGGUAAUUAAUUAAUUCGUCAGUUAAA